AUGGCAACGAGGAGACUGCGCAAACGGAUAGACAUCAAUUGGAUCGAAGGCCCCGACAACACCCCCACCAUCGCCUUUGAAAAUAACGCCAUCCGCUUGAAGGGCUGUCGGCACACACUAGACCGCCUCCUAAAGUUCCACUACCUACAGCGUCUGACUGCAAAACCGGACCAGGGCAAGGCCUUUAAGAUUACGGCCAGAAGCGAGGUAAGUAAUCAUUUCCUGAACAACGGAAACUACACUCGCUUCUCAGACUGGCGCUUUAUUCAUCGCGCCAGACUGAGCGUCGUUGCCCUACGUGGCCACAAGCGUUUCGGCAACGAAACCAAAGCUUGCCGCCGUUGUGGCUUCGUCCGUGAGACCCUAUCGCAUGUUCUAUGUCACUGUCCGCCUAACUUUAGGCUGAUUACACAUAGACAUAAUGCCGUCUUAAACAGACUUGUAAACGCCAUCCAGCCGAAAGACGCCACAAUCCUUAUCAACCAACGCGUCCCAGGCUUUGAGGAGAACUGUCGCCCGGACCUUGUCGUGCUCCACGAGGCCUCCAAAUCCGCCACCAUCGUGGAUGUCACGACACCCUUUGAAAAUGGACUACCAGCAUUCGAAGCGGCGCGUGAAGAAAAGGAGCGUAAGUACAGCAAUCUCGUCAGCCACUUCCGGAACAAGAACUACGAUACCUUUUUCGGCACAUUCAUCAUUGGCGCGCUUGGAGGGUACGAUCCAUCGAACGAAGCCACCCUCCAGCGUUUGGGCAUUAGCAGACGCUAUGCAGCCAUGAUGAAACGGCUAAUGGUGAGUGAUGCGAUACGGUGGAGCAACAACAUCUACAGGCAACACCUGGGAGACCGGUCGCAUCAACCACCACAGCAAGUACAGCUGCAACUACAACGUUCAAACUCCACCUCUGUACCUUCGCGUGGCAGGCACUUUUGA